CCGUUUAAAACAGUGACAUCAACAUUAUUCUUCCUCUUUCAAAGAGCAUGCAGACGUCAAGAGAUCAAAGUUGACCAGCUGAAACCGCCACGCAGUUUCUUCCUCGUUUCAAACCUUUCAUUUGACUGUUGCCUCUGUUGCGUGUGUUUCUUCAACUUUUACAGCAACUUUAAUGUAAUCUGUCUCAACGGGGUUUGUCAGUAGGUGUUCAGGAGACACUUCUGAGGACUAAACAUUCAAGAUGGCUUUACUGUUCUGCGAUGCCUUUUGGGGUACAAACUUUAUGGACCAGUCGGGUUAUGAGGCCAUAUUGCAGAGGUUACAUGAUGGCAGACAUAUGUGCAAAGAUAUAGAAGACCUGUUGAAAAUGAGAGCACUGGCGGAGGACAAGUAUGGACGAGAUCUGGUGGCGAUUGCUCGGAAGGCAGAAGGUCAAACCGAGAUUGGAACAUUAAAGGCAUCGUUUGACAAGUUAAAAGCAGAGAUUGAAAAGGCAGGAAACCUGCACAUCCAACUAUCUGAAAGGAUAAAGGAGGAAGUUCUCAAAAUAGAGGUUUUUCGAGAACACCAGAGGGAACAGAGAAAAAAGCUUGAAGAGAUUAUUGAAAAACUUCAGAAGCCUAAAAUGGUGUUGCACAAGAAGACCAUGGAGUCAAAAAGGUUAUAUGAGCAGAGGCUUAAGGAGGCUGAUGAAGCUGAGCAAGCAGUGGGGAAGAAGACAAACGUGAACACCUCCACCCACCGGCAAUCAGAAAAGGUGAUGAACAGGGCCAGGUUAUGCAGGCAAGCAGCCAAUCUGGCAGAAAAGCAAUAUAGAUGGAAUGUUGAUCAACUAGAGGAAACUUCCCAGGACUGGGAGAGCACAUACAGGAGUGCAUGUGAGGUGUUUCAGCAGCAGGAGUCUGAGCGCAUUAAUAUCUUGCGCUGUGUGUUAUGGGAUCAUUGCAAUCUGCUUUCGAUGCAGUGCGUCCGGGACGAUGAUUGCUAUGAGGAAGUAAGGAAGAUUCUUGAGCAGUGCGACAUCAUCACUGACAACAACUGUUUCAUUAAGAUGAAAAAGACUGGCUGUCGCCCCCCAGCUCCCAUUGAGUUUCAGUGUUACUCUGACGUGGACACCAAUGGUGGAGUCGGGAGGCUUGCAACGAACAGAUUAUCUGUCCUGCUUCCAAGGAUGCCUUCAAGUGGCUGCCCUGAAGCUGGCAGUAAUAUGGGUGGAACACAUACACCGGCUCAACAAAGGGGAGGAGUAACUGAGGAAAAGUACAUGGUGUUAUAUGAUUUUAAAGCUCAGGAAGAUGACGAGUUGUCUGUCAGCAAAGGACAAGUUAUCACAAUAACUGAGCAAGGCGAGGAUGGGUGGUGGAGAGCGUGGAGGGAUGGAAUAUCUGGGCUGGUCCCUGGAACGUACUUGACCAAAAUCUCACCGCACAGUACACAUCUUGCUGCCGCUCAUCCUGAAUGUAAUCCCAUCAAAUAGAAUUUUAGCAAUCAUUGCACUAAGUUUUACU